AUGGCACCCAGCUACGCCUACCCUCCCUUGCGCCUCGAGCCCCAGACGUCCGAGACGGCGCGCUCCUUCCUCCGCACCGUCAUCCUGUGCCUCAUCGCCGGUGCCGCCGUCGCCUCGCGCGAGUUUGCCGUCGUCCGUUUCGAGUCGAUCAUCCACGAGUUCGACCCGUGGUUCAACUAUCGAGCGACCAAGGUCCUCACUGAGGAGGGCUUCUACGCCUUCUGGAACUGGUUCGACCCGACCGCGUGGUACCCGCUCGGUCGCGUCGUCGGCGGCACCCUGUACCCGGGCCUCAUGGUGACGAGCGGCCUCAUCUGGAAGGCGCUGCACCUCGUCUCGAUCCCGGUCGACAUCCGCGAGGUGUGCGUCCAGCUCGCGCCGGCCUUUUCGGGCCUGACGGCGCUCGCGACCUACUUCUUUGCCAAGGAGGUCGGCAAGGACGGCAGCCGCGAGGCGACGGGCCUGUGGGCCGCCCUCUUUAUCGCCAUCGCGCCGGGCUACAUCUCGAGGAGCGUCGCGGGCAGCUACGACAACGAGGCGAUCGCCAUCUUUAUCCUCAUGAGCACCUUCUUCUUCUGGCUCAAGACGGUCAAGACGGGCUCGGUCCUGUGGGCCGGGAUCACGGCCUUGUUCUACUACUACAUGGUCGCCGCCUGGGGCGGGUACGCGUUCAUCACCAACAUGCUGCCGUUGCACGUCUUCGUCCUCCUCCUCAUGGGCCGGUACUCGGCGCGCCUGUACGUCGGGUACUCGUCGUUCUACGCGAUCGGCACCCUCGCGUCCAUGUCGGUCCCGUUCGUCGGGUUCCUCCCGCUCCUCACGUCCGAGCACAUGGGCCCGCUCGGCGUGUUUGGCCUCCUCCAACUCGUCGCGUUCGCGAGCCUCGUCAAGUCGCUCGUGCCGGCCAAGCCGUUCCAGGUCCUCCUGCGGUCGUUCCUCGCCCUCGGCGUCGCCCUCGCCGUCGGCGGCCUGUGGUUCAUGACCAAGAGCGGCAAGAUCGCGCCCUGGACCGGCAGGUUCUACUCGCUGUGGGACACGGGCUACGCACGCGUCCACCUCCCCCUCGUGUCGUCCGUCUCGGAGCACCAGCCGACGGCGUGGCCGUCCUUCUUCUUCGACCUCCAGAUGCUCAUCUACCUGUUCCCGGCCGGCGUCUACAUGUGCUUCCGCGAGUUGCGCGACGAGCACGUGUUCGUCAUCGUCUACGCCGUCCUCGCGUCCUACUUUGCCGGCGUCAUGGUGCGCCUCAUGCUCACCUUGACGCCCGUCGUGUGCGUCGCCGCCGCCGUCGCCAUCUCGGCCAUCUACGAGACGUUCUUCGACCCGCGCGAGCAGGACCGAGGCCUCGUCGGCGGCGGCGGCGGAGAGUCGACGGUGGCCGGUCCGGCGCAGGCCGUCAAGCGCGAGGUCGACGCCGUCGCUGCCGCCAUCCAGGACGUCGCGUCGUCGUCGUCGUCGUCGUCGAGCUCGGGCAAGAAGGGCGGCAAGAAGGCCGCCUCGUCGUCGUCGUCGUCGUCGGCGGCGGCGGUGGCUGCGGGCCCGAGCGUCGACCGCACGCCGCGCCGGUUCGGCGUCUUUGGCCUCGACGCGCGCCUGAUCCCCAUCAUCGCCUUUACGUUCCUGUCGUUCCUGUUUGUGCUGCACUGCACGUGGGUCACGUCGUCGGCCUACUCGUCGCCCUCGGUCGUGCUCGCGAGCCGCGCGCCCGACGGCAGCCAGAACAUCAUCGACGAUUUCCGCGAGGCCUACUACUGGCUCCGCCAGAACACGAAGGAGGACGCAAAGAUCAUGAGCUGGUGGGACUAUGGGUACCAGAUUGCGGGCUUCUCGAACCGGACGACGCUCGUCGACAACAACACGUGGAACAACACCCACAUCGCGACGGUCGGCAAGAUCAUGUCGGUGCGCGAGGAGGCGGCCUACCCGCUCCUGCGCAAGCACGACGUCGACUACGUCCUCGUCAUCUUUGGCGGCCUCCUCGGCUUCUCGGGCGACGACAUCAACAAGUUCCUGUGGAUGGUGCGCAUCUCGGAGGGCAUCUGGCCCGACGAGGUGACGGAGCAAAAGUACUUUACGUCGCGCGGCGAGUACAAGGUCGACAAGGACGCGAGCGAGACGAUGAAGAACAGCCUCAUGUACAAGAUGAGCUACUACCGCUUCAACGAGCUGUACGGCGGCGGGCCCGCCAUGGACCGCGUGCGGCAGCAGCAGAUCCCGCCGACGCCGAUCCAGCUCGACACGCUCGAGGAGGCCUUCACGUCCGAGAACUGGAUCGUGCGCAUCUACGCCGUCAAGCCCGAGGACGCACUCGGGCGCGACCACCGCUCGGCCAACGCGUUCGACGCGGGCAAGCGGCGCAAAAAAGUGACGAGCCUGCCGACGACGAGCGCGGCCGGCGGCGUCAGGGGCAAGGCGGGCGCGAGGAAGUGAGGAACGAGGCU